CUCCAUUACUACAAUACUUUCUCUACACAACAAACACAAAAAUUCUCUUAAUUCUUAUCAUAUCUUCAUCUGUGUUAUUUAACUAUGGGUGAUCGAGAUCGUACUCAGUAUCCCCAUCAAGUUCAAGUUCAUCCUUCAAGUCGUUAUGAAGGUGGUAUAAGUACACUUCUCCCUCAAAAGGGUCCUUCAACUAGCCAAGUUUUAGCUGUUGUUACGCUUGUUCCAGUCGGCGGUAUUCUUCUUGGCCUUGCAGGACUUACUCUGCUCGGAACUAUUAUUGGACUUGCUGUUGCUACCCCUGUUUUUCUUCUAUUUAGCCCUGUACUCGUACCUGCUGCUGUUACCGUUGCACUCGCAGUCACUGGUUUCUUAACUUCAGGUGCAUUUGGAUUGACGGGUUUAUCAUCGCUGUCAUGGAUUGUGAAUUACUUCAAACAGGGAAGGACAACGAUGGAGCAAUUGGAUUAUACGAAAAGGCGAAUUCAGGAGCGAGCAGCAGAAGCAGCGGCGCAAGUGGGACAGAAGACUAAGGAGACUGGACAAGCAAUACAGAGCAAAGCACAAGAAACGAAAGAAAGUGCUAGGAGUGAUGUUAGAGCUUAAGUAGUUUGGGGUUUCUAUGUGGUGAAAUAUGCACUUGUAUUUUAUUUUUGCUUUUUGCAAGCGUUUUCUGUGUGCAGUGUUUGUUGUUAGUUUUCUUUUUUUGUAAUGCGCUGUUGUUUUUUGUUAUUUGUAAUUUAAUAAUACUUAGCAUUUUCUAUGCUCAUAUUGUCCUUGGGAGUUC